UGUGUCUGCUGCUCUCCUAGCUACAUCAUUGAGAAGGGGGUGUGUUACCUGGUCCUAUGUGAAGCUGCGUUCCCCAAGAAACUGGCCUUUGCAUAUCUGGAGGACUUGCACUCAGAAUUUGAUGAACAACAUGGCAAGAGGGUGCCAACGGUCUCCAGGCCCUAUUCCUUCAUUGAAUUUGACACCUACAUCCAGAAAACCAAGAAGCUCUACAUUGACAGCCGGGCGCGGAGGAACCUGGGUUCCAUCAACACAGAGCUGCAGGACGUGCAGAGAAUUAUGGUGGCCAACAUCGAGGAGGUCUUGCAGCGAGGAGAGGCGCUCUCAGCUCUUGAUUCCAAGGCCAACAACUUGUCCAGUUUGUCCAAGAAGUACCGUCAGGAUGCAAAGUACCUGAACAUGCGUUCCACUUACGCCAAACUUGCAGCUGUCGCUGUGUUUUUUAUCAUGUUGAUCGUCUAUGUGCGGUUCUGGUGGCUGUGAGCUGGUUGCAGUCACGGAAGAGGGAAAGCCUGUAGCCUGGCAGGUGUAUUUGUGCAGGACACUGUUCACGGGGAUGUGCAUUAGAAUCCACAGAGGACCCUCACCUUUCUGGGAAUGUCCUGGAAAUGUUAGGUGACACCUGAGUACUACACGUCUUAGUGAAUCCUAACCGUAGGUAUAAAGGCUUGUUGACUACAGGCUUCUCCUCUGAGACAGUUUGCACUAGGGGACUGUAGAGUUUGACCUCCCGGAGUUGUGCACCCCUGCUGGGGUGAGCUCUGGGAGCAGUCAGUGGGUGCAAGGUGGCAGAAUCACGCUGUACGGCCUCCUGUUGCGUAGCUCUAGUGGGAACUGGACUCUAAUGAACAUUCCUUGUGUUGGCAAUGUUUGCUUUUCUAGAAUCUGGGUCUGGAGUUGUUGGGUUGUU